AAACAAUUCCAGCAGAACAGCAGAAAUGGCCACCGCAGCUGUUCAGAGCAUGCCUACGCGUGCAAUUCCUUCAUCCCAACGCGUUGAACCAGGAUCAGUUAAUCUACAUGUUGCUGAUUUCUCGAAUAUCAAGGUCGUGAAGCCAGAGGAUAUCGACAAGGCUACAGAUGAAUGGGUCAGCUCAUUCAACAAAGUUAUUCAAAGUUCAGACUUUGCGGGUCUCUCGGAUCUCUUCCUCCCAGAAGCUUACUGGCGUGACCAUCUCUGCCUAUCAUGGAACGCUCACACAUUCAAGGAUCCAGAGAGCAUGAAAGAGUUCUUAAAGAAAGGGUGCAGGUUAAAGAAUGUAGCUGUCGACCGAAGCAGUGACUUCCGAAGACCUACUAUCACAGGAUUCGAUGGUCAAGGAAAGAUCCAAGGUGUUCAGACAUUCCUCACUACAGAGUCAGAUGUCGGCAGGGGAAUUGGUGUUGCGAGAUUGGUUCAACAUGAUGGGAAGUUGAAGGCAUUCACAUUAUUUACGUCUAUGAGAGAAUUGAAAAAUCACGAGGAAGCUGUCUUUGGACGAAGACCAGAAGGUGUUGCUCAUGGUGGACGACCAGGAAGAAAGAAUUGGCAAGAACGUCGCAUCGCAGAGGAGAAUUGUGACGAUGAGGAUCCUGCUGUCUUGAUUCUGGGUGCUGGUCAAGGUGGUUUAACACCCGCUGCGCGUCUGAAAAUGCUCGGAGUCAAGACCCUGAUCAUCGAUCGAAAUGAACGUGUCGGAGACAAUUGGAGACAACGAUACCACCAACUCGUCCUGCACGAUCCUGUCUGGUACGAUCAUAUGCCCUACAUCAACUUUCCACCCCAUUGGCCAAUCUUCACUCCAAAGGAUAAGUUGGCAGAGUUCUUCGAGUCGUAUGCAAAGCUCCUCGAACUCAAUGUUUGGAUGAGAACCACGAUCAAGGACUCGAAAUGGGAUGAAGCGAAGAAACAAUGGACAGUCACUCUCGAGCGCGAGAAAGAGCCAGGUGUUGUCGAGACUCGUGUCAUCCAUCCCAAGCACAUCAUUCAAGCCACAGGCCACUCUGGCGAGAAGAACUUCCCAUCCCAUAUCCCUGGCAUCAAAAACUUCAAGGGUGACAGACUCUGUCACUCGUCCGAAUUCACAGGCGCUAAGAUGAAUGGCAACGGAAAGAAAGUUCUCGUCGUCGGAUGCUGCAACUCAGGUCAUGAUAUCUCGCAAGAUUUCUACGAGAAGGGCUACGACGUGACAAUGGUCCAACGUUCCUCAACCUGCGUCAUCUCCUCCGAAGCAAUCCUCAAAAUCGGCUUAGCAGGCCUCUACGACGAGCAAGGCCCACCAGUUGAGGACGCAGAUCUCGCAUUCUGGAGUAUCCCCUCACCUGUCCUCAAGAACAUCCACCAAGACGUAACAGCAAUCCAAAACAAGCACGAUGCCAAACUCCUCGAAGGACUCGAAAAAGCCGGCUUCAAACUCGACGAAGGUCCCGAUGGCGCCGGAUUAUUCAUGAAAUAUUUCCAACGAGGAGGCGGAUACUACAUCGACGUCGGAGCCUCACAACUCAUCAUCGACGGCAAAAUCAAGAUGAAGCAAGGCCAAGAAAUCGCCGAGAUCCUGCCCAACGGCAUGAAAUUCGCAGACGGUUCCGAGCUUGAAGCAGACGAGAUCAUCUUCGCAACAGGAUACAAGAACAUGCGAACUCAAGCUCGAACCAUCUUCGGCGACGAACUGGCUGAUAAGGUGACCGAUGUCUGGGGAUUCGAUGAGGAAGGAGAGAUUAGGACGAUAUGGAGGAAGACGGGGCAUCCGGGAUUCUGGUUCUUUGGUGGGAAUUUGGCGUUGUGUAGGUAUUGGUCGAGGAUGAUUGCUUUGCAGAUUAAGGCGCUUGAGGAGGGGAUUUGCGAGUAUAGUGAUCGAUAGGGGCGUGAUGGAUUUGAAGGGAAAUGGAUCGUGCUUAGAUGUUGAUUGCUUAGCCUGGCUUUGACAGCGAAGGAUUUUAUGAAUGAAAAUCGAUGAAAAU